AUGGCAACAGGCUUACUGUGCGACAGGAAAGUCCCUGUUCGACUGAAGUCGAAGAUCUACAGGACGGUUGUGCGUCCUGUUGCCCUUUACGGAUGCGAGUGCUGGCCGACGACGAAAGCCUUGAAAAGAGUGCUGCAUGCUAUUGAGAUGCGGAUGUUGAGGUGGACGAUAGGUGUAACGCUAAAAGAGAGAGUAUCCAACGACACUGUACGUUCCAUCUUCGGCGUCGUCCCGAUAACUGAGAAAAUGAAGGAGUCGCGACUGAGAUGGUUUGGUCACGUCUUGCGGCGAGAGGAAGAUUCUGUUGCCAAAACCGCUCUGAAGCUCGACGUUUCAGGAGUGAGGCCGCGUGGGAGGCCAAAGAUUCGCUGGUUAGACCGUGUGAAGCUGGGUAUGAUAGAUGCACGUUUGUGUACGGCUGAUGCAAUGGAUAGAACCAUAUGGAAGACAAGAAGCAGAAAAGCGGACCCUGCAACAACGCGGGACAAACGGUAG